AUGUGGUAUGUAGCAACACAAGUCGACAGAGGCGGCGAUCACAAGGGUAGAGGUAGCGGAGGCAGCGAUCGCGAAGCUGGAGGUCGCGGAGGCGGAGAUUGCGAGGUUGGAGGUAGCGGAGGCGAUUGCGUGGGUGGAGGUAGCGGAGGAGGCGAUCGCGGGGCAGGAGGUCGUGGAGGCGGCGAUCGUGAGGGUGGAGGUAGCAGAGGCGAUCGCGUGGGUGGAGGUAGCAGAGGCGGCGAUCGCGGGGCUGGAGGUCGCGGAGGCGGCGAUCGCGGAGCUAGAGGUCGCAGAGGCGGUGAUCACGAGGGUGAAGGUCACGAAGGCGGCGAUCAUGGAGUGAGAGUCAACCGUCCUUAA